AUGAACGAACCAGUUUACGACACCAUAGUUGUGGGUGGUGGUAUGUCGGGUGUUAAAGCAGCUGCUGAUUUAUCAGCUGCUGGUCACUCUGUUAUUAUACUGGAAGGUCGGGAUCGGCUUGGUGGUAGAUUGUUUACCGACAGAAGUAAUGGCCCAAUUUAUGAGCUGGGGUGUAGUUGGUUCCACCAAACUCUUGAUAAUCCACUUUACGAUCUAGCUUUAAAAAUUGGGUUGAAACCGGAGUAUGACGAUGUAGGUCCUGGAAUUUACGAUAACAAUGGGCCCUUGGAUCCAAUUGGCAAACUAGGCCAAGCAGCAUCUGACUUUUCUCCUUGGACUACUCUAUAUUUUGACAAAAAUCCUAAUAUUGAAGAUAUUUCUUUAAAAGACCUUGUUGAUUUGUUUAUUCAAGAACAUCCUAAUCUUUCCGAUUACCAAAUGCAAGAAGUCAAACGCAUUUUAAAAAUUCCAACUUUAAUUAACGGCUCACCUGCUGAUCAAGUUUCUUCCAAGUUUGGUUCCAUUCCUCCACUCGGUCGUGAUGCUUUUGCUACAGGGGGAUACGAUCAGAUUUUGGAAUAUGUUUCCAAGCCCAUUGAAAAAAAGAAUAUAUUUUUUAACACUGUUGUUAGUGAAGUUAAACGCCUUGACAAUGAUUUGGUUGAUGUGAUUACAGAAAACGGUAAAAAAUUUACUUCUAAGUACGUUAUCAUUACUGCACCCAUUGGAGUUUUACAAAAAGAAUUGAUUAAAUUUACACCUAGUCUUCCUGAAAAAAUUGUUGAAGCAGUAAAUGGACUGGGAAUUUCACAAAUUGGCAAAGUUUAUUUUCAAUUUGAUGAAGUUUUUUGGCCAAUUGAUUCUAACAAAUUUGUUUUUGUUGGAGAUAUAAAUGGAGAAUAUACCCCUAUUCUUAUAUCAAACUGGUACCUUUACAAUGGCAAGAAACAAUAUCCUGGUGUCUUUUUGAUUGUUCCUGCUCCAUUGAUUAACAAGUUAGAAGCCAAUCCCUCUCAAGCGUUCGAAAUUUUGAAGCCUGUACUAGAAUCUAUUAAGAUUGAUCGCAAAAAGGCUGUGCCAAACCCAACAAAGUUUAAAGUAACUACUUGGAAUAGUGAUAAAUUAACAAAUGGCGCUAUUUCAAGAGCAAAAUUGGGAAUUAACCCUUCAAUUGCUACGAAAAACUUUGAAGAAGGUGCUGGUAAUAUUAGAUUUGCUGGAGAGCAUACUACCUAUCGUGGUUUUACUUUUGUUCAUGGUGCUUGGAUAAGUGGUGAACGUGAAGCAAGAUACAUUUUGUCAAAACUUUAA